AAGACAGUUUGACGAAAAGCGACGAUUUGACGGAAAAUAUGCGUGGUAUUUUGUCAUCAUUUAACGAACGCUUAAGCAAGCUAGAAGAAAACAUUUUACCUGUGCAUAAAGAAACUGUUGAACUACAACGUCGACAAAGAAAUAUUGAUAAAGUUUUACGAGGGCUAGAUAAUGUUAUCAGCUAUCAUAAUGUUGCUUCGAAAGAAGACCAGGACAUCAGAGAUGGACCUGGUGCUGAUGUCGAUAGUUACAUACAAAGCUUGAUAAAAGUUCAAGAUGCCAUUAAAUUUUUUGAAGACAAUAAUCCCAACAGUCCUGAGUUAUCCCUCCUUACAUCAUUAAUGGAAACAGGACGUGAACAAAUGGAACGUUCAUUUAGACAGUUCCUGGCGCUAAACAGUAGUCCUCUCGAAGCUGAAACAUUGAUUGAUUUAUUGAAUUCUAACGAAGAAACAGAAGAAUCCACGCCUCAAUUUAAACCUAUAAAUGACGAAGCUAUAGAAGAUUUGAGUAAAAUAGCGGCUUGGCUGGUCACAGAAGCCCAAUCUAAAGACUUUAUGAAUGUGUACAGUCAAAUUCGAUCAAGUGUCUUAAUGAAGACCUUACAAGGAUUAGUCGAGGGACACUCGCUAGGAAAGAUAGAAAGUUAUUCUCCUGCCAACAUUAUGAUCAGUCCGAAGUUGAAACAGUUAAGCGGCAUCACUCCUCAAAGAAAAUCAACUAUGAAAAGAAAUCUUGUGCGUCGUGUACCAUCGAAAGCGUUUGAAUAUACAGGAAAUCGGAAAGUCAACUCACCAGCUGCAAUGUUCGAUUUGUCAACAUCCAAAGAGGAUGAAGAUGAGAUAGAAGCUGGUCGAUUCAUCACUCUUUCUGCGGCACUUUUAAAACUUCUCCAGAGUGAACGGACAUUGAUAAAUUUGAUCAUUUGUAAAGAACAUAGAGAUGGUAUUUUUGACGUUCUCAUUCAAAAUUUGAUUGAAACGUUGAUUGUCGAGGGAGAAGUCAUGGAAAACUCGGCAAGAAAAUUAAUUGCGAAAAGAGAAUAUUUCUCUCUGUUGCCUCUUCUUCCCGUGCUCAAGUAUGUUAAAUCUGUGUUGCCUUUGUUCUCUCAAGCAUUACAGGGAGUUCGUACUCCAACUCAAGCAGCAAUCCCAAAUCUUUUUGUUAAUUUGGAGUCCGUGGGAGCUAAAGCUUUGGAUGACUUUACUGAAAAUAUCAAGCAUGAGCCGGACAAGCAAUCAAAUAUGCCUAAAGAUGGCACUGUUCAUGAACUCACAAGCAAUACGUUGAUAUUUCUUGAGCACCUGCUGGGAUAUACGGACACUGUUGGAAAUAUGCUCUUAAACUCAGAAUCUGUAAUGGAUCCACGAAUUGGUGACAGUGUAUCACCUAAAACUCUUGUUGCUCGAUACUUUGGUCGUGUUCUUGGUGCUCUUGGAUUAAAUCUUGAACUGAAGUCGAAAAGUUACGUUACAAUGUUGGGUCAAGUUGCCCUGUCUGGGAUAUUCUUAUUAAACAAUUAUAACUACAUUUUGAAAGGAUUGCAGAGGUUAGUGUCUUUAAUAUUUUAUAACAUACACUUCUCAAUGACUGACUACCGUAAAAUAGUUAGAGAUUAGAGAAUUUGAAUUUUAU